AUGACAUCGUCAACCAUUUUGAAAAGAAGGUCGACGACAUCCGAUCCUCGUUUGCUAAGUCAAACGACACCGCUGGUUCUGCUCACACUGCCCUACCCUGUGCUUUGACCUCUUUCUCCCCUCUCUCUCCAGAUGAAAUCUCGCGUCUUGUGACGGCCGGCCGCCCAACAACCUGCCCGCUUGACCCUAUCCCCUCCUCUCUUCUCCAGACCAUUUCCGGAGACCUUCUCCCUUACCUCACCUCGCUCAUCAACUCAUCCUUCACCGCUGGCUACGUCCCUUCCGUCUUCAAGAGAGCGAGAGUUGCACCCCUUCUGAAAAAACCUACACUCGAUCCCUCCGAUGUCAACAACUACAGACCAGUAUCCCUUCUUUCUUUUCUCUCCAAAACUCUUGAACGUGCCGUCCUUGGCCAGCUCUCCUGCUAUCUCUCUCAGAAUGACCUUCUUGAUCCAAAUCAGUCAGGUUUCAAGACUAGUCAUUCAACUGAGACUGCUCUUCUGUGUCACGGAGGCGCUCCGCACUGCUAAAGCUAACUCUCUCUCCUCUGCUCUCAUCCUUCUAGACCUAUCGGCUGCCUUUGAUACUGUGAACCAUCAGAUCCUCCUCUCCACCCUCUCCGAGCUGGGCAUCUCCGGCGCGGCCCACGCUUGGAUUGCGUCCUACCUGACAGGUCGCUCCUACCAGGUGGCGAAUCGCAUCUCUGCAUGUCUGGCAGACAUAUCAGUGUGGAUGACGGAUCACCACCUCAAGUUGAACCUCGGCAAGACGGAGCUGCUCUUCCUCCCGGGGAAGGACUGCCCGUUCCAUGAUCUCGCCAUCACGGUUGACAACUCCAUUGUGUCCUCCUCCCAGAGUGCUAAGAACCUUGGCGUGAUCCUGGACAACACCCUGUCGUUCUCAACUCACAUCAAGGCGGUGACCCGUUCCUGUAGGUUCAUGCUCUACAACAUUCUCUACCUUACCUUCAUGGAAAAUAUUUAA